AUGUUCGCAGUUCCCGGAUGGUCCGUCGCGGCAGACGCUCUCAAGUCUGAGACGCAAGGAGGCCAAAAGGAUGGCCCUGCGAAGAACAAGACGCGGAAGCGUAAGAGGAACAACAGAGAUGAAAAGGUUACAUCAUCCAACGUUGCCGAUCUCUACGAAAAUGUAAUUGAGGGCAAGGAAAAGGCAGAUGGAAGCAGCAAGCGCCGGAGAAGUGAAAAUGAUGAGACCCCGAAGAAGAAGGAACGCAGAGAGCCCAAGGCAGAGGCCGACGCUGAAGCUGCUGAGACUCCCGCCAAGUCCAGCAAGAAGCAAAAGCAGGAAAGGAAUUCUCAAGCCAAGGAACAGGAUUGCACGCUCAAGGCCGACGAGAAGGUCAAGCAGAAGAAGGACAAAUCCCAACGGGAGAAGCAGAGCGACGGCGCCGAGGAGCAACCUGCUGAGCAAAAGGAGGAGGCCAGCAAAGGCGACAAGAAGAAGAAGGUCAAGGACGCAGCAGCAGCCAUCGCCGCUUCCGUCCCACCUGUGCCUCCUGCGCCUUCGAAACUUACUCCGUUGCAGGCCGCGAUGAGGCAGAAGCUCGUCUCCGCCCGCUUCCGUCACCUCAACGAGACGCUCUACACCCGCCCUUCGGCCGAGGCCUACCAGCUUUUCGAGGACACCCCAGAAAUGUUCUCCGAGUAUCACGAGGGCUUCCGUCGACAAGUUGAGGUCUGGCCCGAGAACCCUGUCGACGGCUACAUCCGCGACAUCAAACUUCGUGCGAAGCAGCGUCCCCCCCCACGUGGCAUGCCACCCAGAAACCCGAACGGCCCCCUACCGCUGCCCCGUACUGAUGGCACCUGCAUCAUCGCAGACUUGGGCUGCGGUGAUGCUCGUCUCGCCGCAACGUUGGCUCCAGAGUCCCAGAAACUCCGCCUCCAGAUCCUCAGCUACGAUCUGCAUUCUCCCGCCAAGCACGUCACCAAGGCCGAUAUCGCCAACCUGCCACUUGCUGACGGUUCCGUUGAUGUCGCCAUCUUCUGCCUCGCGCUCAUGGGGACAAAUUGGAUUGACUUUAUCGAAGAGGCCUAUCGUAUCCUUCACUGGAAAGGCGAGCUCUGGGUUGCGGAGAUCAAGUCCCGUUUCGGGCCUGUGAGAGCCAAGAAUGCACCCGUCGCUCACAGCGUCGGCAACCGCAAGAAGCAGGCGGCUGUAAAGAAGGGCAAGGGUACUGGUGCGGGACCUGAAGAGACAGAGGCGGAUCGCAUGGCUCUUGCCGUCGAGGUUGACGGCCAUGAGGAUCGGCGCGGGGAGACAGAUGUUUCAGCCUUCGUUGAGGCUCUGCGUAAGCGUGGAUUUGUGUUGCAAGGCCAAGGCGAGGGCAACAGAGGCGCCGUGGACCUAUCCAACAAGAUGUUUGUCAGAAUGCACUUCGUCAAGGCUGCGGUUCCCACAAAGGGCAAAGGCCUUAUUGCUGCCAAGGCAGCUGGUUUCGUCGAGAAGGAAAAGAAGCAGAAGAGAUUUGUGUGGGAUACCGAGGACGACAAAGUUGACGAGACAACCAUUCUGAAACCUUGCGUUUACAAGAUUCGGUAG